AUGUCUAAAUUUGCAAAAUUCUUAAAGGACCUUCUAAAACGUAAAGAUAGGUUAGGAGAGGCUUCUAACAUUCCCCUUAGUAGAGGGUGUUCCGCCGUAGUCUUGAACAAGAUCCCGGAAAAAUUGACGGAUCCGGGCCUUUUCACCAUUCCAUGCUUGUUCGGGAGUGAUACCGAGUGUAGGGCCCUAGCCGAUUUAGGAGCGAGUAUAAACCUCAUGCCAUAUUCCAUGUACGAGAGGUUAGGUCUAGGAGAGUUAUCCCCUACACGUAUGUCUUUGUCCUUAGCCGAUAGAUUAGUGAAGUAUCCACGUGGUAUAAUUGAAAACCUUUUAGUUAAAGUGAACAAAUUCUUCUUUCCCGUAGACUUUGUCGUUCUUGAUAUGGAAGCCGAUGAGAAGGUUCCUAUCAUUUUAGGACGCCCAUUCUUGUUUACCGCCAAGGCUAUCAGUGAUGUCUUCGACGGUAAAAUUACACUUCAAGUCGGUGAGGAGAGAGUCACUUUCGAGAUAGCACGUUCCAUGGAACACCCUAGUGUUGAGGGUAAGUUAGAUGAGGUACUUGAGAAAGUAGAGGAAGUUGUGAGUGAGAGUGAGGAAGGAGAAGAGACAGAGUGGGUCCCCGAAGUGUUAGAGUUGAGUGAAGUGAAAAGCGAGAAUGAGAGCACACCCUUAGAGAAGCCCGCCCCAUUAGAACUUAAGGUUCUCCCAUCCCACUUAGAGUAUGCUUUCCUUGGUGAGGGGUCCGAUUUUCCCGUCAUUAUUACAUCUAAGUUAGAGGAGGGGGAAAUGGUAGGUUGUUAG